AUGGAUCCAGAUUCGCAGGCAAGACCACAUCCAUGCCUGAGCCCCCGAACCUACUCUACUGGCAACUACGCGCCAACAAGAAUCAACGAGCCUCAAGCCCUUGUUCCAAGGAUUACAGCCUCGACGGAGACUUAUAUCACGUGGCUUAUAUCUCGAUCAUGUUAUCAACCCUCGGAUAACCGUGACCACCAUGAGUCGUCAGCUCAUACCCCGCAUCCAAGUCUGGAUCCUAGAUCAACAGGCCUCCGGCUGGCCGGCACAAAUAUCGAUAAUGAUGGUUUGGAAGAAGCGACCAGUCUAGGUACGGGUGUAAUCUUCAAGCCGAGGAGUUCUCACUUACUAUAA